AUGGCGGAAGAUGGGGAAAUCGACAUCGAAGGGGACUUUGAAUUUAAGUUAGAUGUGGACAAUGAGAUCUAUGAUGAGCUUCCUUCCAAAAGUGCCAACUUGCUGCCAGAAUACACAAAUCCUGCUUGGAUGCUGGAGCAGGGCUGGACAAUGGACACUUUUGAUGAGAAAUCAAAAGCUACAAUUGAAAAAAUGCUGCAAGAGGAGCAUUAUUAUACCAGUGGAAAGGGAAGUACACGUAGAGUGAAGAAUCCAAGGCUUCUGUCUAAAAAGUCACACAUACAGAAACAACCAUGGACAGAGGAAGAAAAAGUCAUGUUUGAAAAAUAUCUGGAAGUAUUUGGUCGAAGCUGGUCGAAAAUUGCAGAGCAUAUGCCAAGCAGGACAGGUCUGCAGGUGAAGAACUACGCCCAACAGUACUUCAAACAGAAAGCAAAAGAAGAUAACAGGAGCAGUGAAACUGAUGUCAGUAAACCAUCUGUGCCUUCAACAGCCAAGAAGAAGGAUGACCUAAUUAAAGAUGUCCUCUCUUUAGUCACGACUGCACAAACGACAGUUACCACGGUAUCCAAGCAAAAAAAUUCCUCUCCAGGCAAAAACAGCAUGUUAGGAAAAAUGUUAAUAAAUCAUGGAAAUAAGAACAAAAAUAAAAACAAACUAGAGGUUCAGCUUUUUCAAAAAAUGCAAAGGGCAAAAACUGAAUCACAAGGUCAAAAGAGGGAAGCAAUAAAGAAGGAAGGCAUGUCAAAAUCAGGGAGUAAAGCAUCAUGUGCCAAGCAAAGAAAGAUAGAGAAAUACUCUGAAACACAAGGCCAAGUACAAAUAACUGUCAAAACUGUUCCUCAAACAACUGUCUCACAGCCAGAGACCUCGACUGCAAACCCCACCACAGCAUCUCCAAUGGUAAGUUUACUGGUCACAGCUACCUCUAGUGGGGGCAUUGGUCAGCUAAGUCCAUCUCUAGAGUCUCGCCUUCAGCAGUCGACAGGUGUCAUAGAAAAUCUGGAUGGAUUCUGUGCAGUGGCAGACAUUGUGAAAGAGGAUGAGGAUGAAGAUGGAGAGAUAGACAUAGAAAAUGAGGACGAAGAGAAUCCAAUCCUCAAAUCUCGAUCAGCUUCCCCUAAUUCUGUGUAUGAACAACUGAUCCGAGCAGCCAAUCUCAACAAACCAUCAGAAAAAGGAAAGUACAAAGAGAAAAGUGAAGAAAAGUCCCCAGAUGAUGAACCAAAUCAAAUUAAUGCUGUCUCUGUCCUUAUUAAUGAGAAAGAAGAGGAAAAUAUUCUUGACACUAAGAGUGAAGUACCAGAAUUUUCUAAGCCAAAAUCAAACAAUUGCAUUGUUUUAUGGAAUGGAGAGUACCUUGAUUUGCCUGUACCUACUCAGGAAGCUCAGAUUAACCUAGAUACCAUCACAGAACAGGAGCACCGAAUUCAUGCAGACUUUUUUGAUGGACGACCCUCUAAAACCCCAGAACGUUAUCUAAGAAUUAGAAAUUACAUUUUAGAAACAUGGGCAAAAUGUAAGCCAGGAUACCUAAACAAAACCUGUGUGCGACCUGGAUUGAAGAAUUGUGGUGAUGUCAACUGCAUUGGGAGAAUUCAUGCUUUCUUGGAGUGUACAGGAGCAAUUAAUUUUGGAUGUGAACAAGCUUGUUACAAUCAGACAUCAAAAGUAGGACCCCAGGUAUCAAGAGAUAGAACCAGAGAAGCCAUAGUCAAAGUCAACUUCUCUAAACUAGAGUCCAUGAGAACAAGGAAGAGAAGAAUAAGAAAUGAAUAUGGGCAGUGGGUUGAUGAAAAGGAAUUACAGGGCAAAACUAUACAGCACCAAGAUAAAGUUACAACCAAGGAGAGCCCAGGGAAGAUUUCAAGAUCACCCAAAGUCCAAAGUCUUGACCCUUUCAAACUUAUACCUUGUCAGAACUUUUCUCAAGAGAGACCAGCCCCGUUCUAUGUUGAAAUACACAAUACAGCUUUAGUGAUAAUGGAUAUUCAUGCUCAUAUAUCAAAGACUGAGGUCAUAGGAAUGUUAGGAGGUUGUUACCAUGACGAUGACCAGCAUUUAGAGAUUACCAUGGCGAUUCCGUGUAACAGUAUCAGUACUGGACUUCAGUGUGAGAUGGAUCCAGUGUCUCAGACAUUUGCCUGUGAGGAGAUUAGUAACAACAGAAUGAAUGUUGUCGGCUGGUACCACUCCCAUCCGACCUUUAACCCCAACCCCUCAAUAAGGGACAUUGAGACUCAGCUCAAAUUUCAGGAAUAUUUUGCUCAGGACGGUUUUUCCUUUCUUGGUGUAAUAGUCAGUCCGUACAAUAGGACCUCUUUGGGCCUUUGUUCAGAGUUCCAGUGUCUGACAAUCAGCUCUGAAGUCAGCCCUGUAGACAAGUGCAAUAUACCAUUCUCGUUUAACUAUGGAAUGAUUAUGCAGCCCUUGCAGUCAGAGUUAGUGAUACGUAGUAUUAAAACAUUGGCUGAGAAGUAUAGCCAGGAUAGACACCGUGUGGAGCUCUUACAGCCGUAUCUCGGGGAUAUGUCAUGUCUCGACAAGAUGCUUGAGUCACUGAAAGAUUCCCUGGAGCCAAACUCGGAUGAGUCCACUCAAUUUGUUGAGAUAGUUAGAGAGAUUUUCUCUGCAGCAUUCACUGCUGAGAAAGACGUUCAGAGUCAAAUUGUACAGUUUCAAGAAAUCACAGUCAACACCCAGUCUUGACACAUGUUGAAAAAUUUGUAAAUCUGGUUUCCUGCAUAGAUAAAUUGUAAGGUUCUUGACUGACUGAAAUGCAGAUAAUAAAUUUGUGUUUCAGACUUUCAGUACAAGGUGAUAUACAUGGCAUUUAACAAGCAGUUCUACCUGGUGGAGGCAAUUGUUUUUUCAUGCUUAACUUUUUGUAGUUGCUUUGGUAAAAUUUAUUUCUAUUUCUU